AUUCGCCACAAAUGACGUGCACCCCUGCUCCAAUCAGCCACGCCACGGGGCGCGUCCCUGUCGCUGUGGUUGUUCCAGCACGCUCACCUCGUUAACAAACACCUACAACCACUUCACCAAACACGACCAUUACCACAUCAUGGCUUCCUCCAGUGCCUCCAACUCGAUGAACGCCUCGAAACGUCUCCUAAAAGAAAUCAAAGACUAUGCGAAAUCGCCGAAUCCGGUGUUGGCAUCGCUCGGCCCCAUCGACGACGAUGACCUCCUACACUGGAGCGCCGUGCUCCUCGGCGCGCCCGAGACCAUCUACGAGGGCUGUCGCUGGACAAUCGACAUCCAGAUCCCGGAGCAGUACCCGCACAAGCCGCCGUUAAUGGUGUUCAAAACUCCGUGCUGCCAUCCGAACAUCCACCUUAAGACGGGAGAGAUCUGCCUCGAUCUCCUGCGAGGCACCGCGUGGUCCCCCGCGUACACCAUCAGCACCACGCUCACGGCCAUAAGCCACCUGCUCACACAGCCGGAACCGAAUAGUCCGCUGAACGUGGAUGUCGCGGCGGUGCUUAGGGUAGGCGAUACCGUCGGUUACGAGAGUCUGGUCAGGGUUUGGGGCGUGCUGUUUGCGGGGAAGCCGCCGACUACGGGAUGGUAGUUACUACAACUACAACUACAGUGCGGCAUAGUUGGAGGGGAGGGGAGUUUUGUUUGUUUGUUUGUAAGUUUUUUUGGCUUGGUUUGGUUUGGUUUGGUCUGAUUUUGAUUUUGCGUGCGUUGUAAUGUCGAGUUUACUCCGAGUUAUAUAUGGGCUUUGCGGGGGUUUCGUUACUGGCGAUGUUUUUUUCUUGCAUACAGAAAGCUCAAUCGAUACUGGAUUUGAUGUUGCGAUUCAGCAUACAUGCAAGUGCAGUGCAUAUCACGCUACUAGGCAUAGCACAGGGAGGGUGAGAUCUUUCAAGCCUUCCAUAAAUCUAUCCUCUCUUGUCCGGCAUAUCAUCAAUCAGAUCGUUCCGGACGUCCUUAUGGC